GCUUGUAGCAGAAGAACGAUGACAAGUGGGGUAUCAGAGCAAGAUGGCGUCUAGUGUAUGCCACGGAACUUUGUAAUCUUCACCAAAUGAUCAGGAUUUGAUACCGAUUCGCCGGGCCGUCCUUGGUUUGGCGUUAAAUUAGACAUCUCCAUUCAUCCAGGGAGGAAAAUUUCAUUGGAGGCGAUGCAGUCGUAGUCGAUGGCGGUGCAUGGAUGCAUCACUUACGGCUGGUUGGAGCAUGGUGGCAGAUGCAACUCUUCAUAACAACAAGUCGUCUCCCUUGUGGUGCUGGUUCCUUCUCUCGUCUUACAUUCUAACUGAUCACAAAGGACUCUGGUGAUCUUUUACUGGUAUUUUGGAAUAGGGGUGAAUGUAGACUUCAAAUCUGUCUAUCUUGAUGAGUCUAGUCUUCUGGUGCCACUAGAGUAGUUUGAACAAAUUCUAUUGUAAGUCAAAUCUUUUAACCACUCUGAUACUAAUGUGACAAUCUAACAAAUAUUUAGUUCUGGUAAAGGGUUAAGAUAUUGUUUAGUCACUAUGACACGAGUCAGUGCCCGCUCUAGGUCCAAAGCCACCCAACUGCCUAGUGAAGAAAGUAAAGAGAAUGCCAAAGAAGUUAGAGAACGAAAUAGGAAUGCCAAAGAAUCUAUCCCCAAAAAUACCAAAGGAACUACAGAAGUUGAAAAAGUUCAACCAAGUAAAGUUCAAACACAAGCUAAAGGGAGAGGUAGAAAUGUGCGGAAUAUUGUGAAGGAAGAAAAUCUUGAAUUGGCUGCAGAACUUGAAGCUUUACUUAAGAAGGUUAAUGUUGAAAGAACUGCUGUCAGUCUCAAUCUGAAAGGUGAGGAAGAUGAGGAAGAGGAAGAAGAAGAGGAGGAGGAGGAUGAAGAAGAGGAAGAAGAGGAGGAGGAGGAUGAAAUGGAUGAUGCAGCAGAUAAGGAGGAGGAUGAUGUAGAUGAGGAUGGAGAUGAAGAUGAUGAGGAUGAGGAUGAAGAUGAAGAUUGUAAGCUAGAUUCUGAUGACAAAGAAAAGAAGGAAACUGAUGUUGGGUACCAGUGUGCUUUUUGUGAAUAUACUUUCACCAGGAAAAGUAUGUUGAAACGUCAUGUGCGAAUUCACACUGGUGAGCGACCUUAUGCCUGUGACAAAUGUGAUGCCAAGUUUACUCAGCAGGGUGGAUUAAAGACACACAUGUUGUGUAAACAUAGAGAUGAGAUAGACCAAAAGGACAAAGUGACAUAUCAAUGUCACCAUUGCGAUCGAUCUUUUGUAAUCAAAGAACGCCUUCGUAUUCACCUCAGAGUACAUACUGGUGAACUACCUUAUGUUUGUCACAUUUGUUCCAAGAAGUUUCGCAGAAAUGGUGGUCUCCUUCAACACUUACGAAGACAUGUUGGUAUGCGCCCUUACACUUGUGAAAUCUGUAAAGCUUCUUAUUAUAACUCUACUAAUCUGAAAACCCAUAUGAAACGCCACCUGGGUGUUCAAGAUUAUGUGUGUGAUCUUUGUGGUAAAGGUUUUACUCGAAGAGAUGGUUUGCGAAAGCACUUAGCAUGUCUCCACUAUGAUCAAUGUGCAUUCCGGUGUUCAAUAUGUAAUAAAUCAUUCAAAGGUCAUAUUUUGUCCCACUUACGUAUGCAUUUAAAAGAAAAACCAUUCAAAUGUGAAAUUUGUGGUAUGCGCUUUGUACAGAGUUCUCAGCUGGUGGUUCACACUAGGACCCACACUGGAGCAAAGCCAUAUCCCUGUCAAAUAUGUAAAGUUGCCUUUUCUCACUCUUCAGCUCUACGCAUGCAUAUUAGAAGACAUACUGGUGAGAAGCCUGUUAAGUGUAUGCUUUGUCCUGCAGCUUUUGUGCAGCUUCCUCAUCUAAAGAAACACAUGAGAUGCAUUCAUAAAUCUGAUAAACCAUAUGUGUGUGUACCUUGCAAUGCUUUCUUCAAAAAGAAAGUUGAGCUUGAGGAGCACAUGAAGGCAACAGGUUGUAAACCAGUUCCUGCUCCUGAGGCAGCUCCAGCCAGCAAGAGUCCCGAGUCCAAACCUGCCAAAAAAGCUCGUAAGAGGUCCUCCAAAGGGGGAGAUGACUCACCAGCAAAACAGAAAAGAGUUGAAGAUGAGGUAAUUGAUGAGGAUGAUUCGUCCAAUCCACCAAGACCAUUAAAUGGAAAUGGAGAAGUCUCAGAGGAAGAAAUGCAAGAAAUCCCUAAUCUGAAAGGAGCUAAGGUAGUGCAAGCAUUUUUCCACCAGCAACUUUCUGGAGAAAAGAAACCUGACACCCAAACUAAUAGUUCUAAAGGCAAAUGUAAGUCUUCAACCUCCCCAAAGCAAUGUGAACCAUCAUCUUCAAGGAAGACUGAAGAUUCGAGAAAGACAAGCCUUAGAGAAACUCGUUCUCGAGGAAGGCGUAGUUUGUCAUCUGAAUUUAAAAAUGGAAAAUCUAAAACUUCAGAAACAGAUCCUGAUCCGUCUUCCACUGCUAACUCGCCUUCAUCAUCCAGAAGAUCUAGUUGUGAAAGUAAACCUAUAGCCUUCCUACCUAUUACAAGUCCUCCAAAGUUUUCAAGUUCCAGUGAAGAAACCAUUGUGAACACCAAAGCAACUCAAGAUGACAGAUGCGAAAGUCCUAUAUGUGAGCCUUUACGACCAGUUGAUCAGCCAACUACAGUGAUGGUAGAAGAGAUGAUGCGAAAAGUCACAGAACGUCUUAAGCUGGGCACAAAGACACCCAUCGUCUUAAGAAAUCAGCCUAUGCCAAUUGAAAAAAUCCGAAUGCUAUUAGCUAUUCUUCUCACUCGUAUUUCUACAACUGAGCGACUAGAAGCUCUUGGGUUUGGCAAGAUCCUAAUUGACAAAGUGUUAUGUGCAUCCAUUGUGAGCUCUGGUCGAGUACCAUGUGAUCAAACUGGCUUGUCUGAAAGAGAAGUUAUUCUAAAGAAUGUUCAUAUACUUCUGGAGUGGACAGUUCCAAAACUAUAUAUGGAACGCUUUAAGCGAGAGAAUCGAUCAACUGAAGAUUUAUUAGAAGAGUUGACUUCAUAAUUUUCCCAUUUACCCUUUUUGGUAUGUUGCAUGUUUAAAUUUGAAUCCGAGUCAUUUGCUGUGUUAUUAUGUGUUCAAUGAUUGAUGGCAAACCAAAGAUGUUAAUUACUGUAUAUUCAACUUAGCACUACUGCAUGCUGCUUGUCAUAUAUGUGAAUCCUUGUACUGUAGCAUUCAUAUGAAAGUUUAACCAUCAUGUCCCAACAUAAAGCAGCUUUGCUUCUCUUGAAGUAUCAUUUUAAUAACUGUUUAAUUUAAACUGUAUCUUCUAUUUCAACAAUUUCAUCUCCUGUAAGGUCAGUGAUGAUUUAUUCCAAGUUCUUGCCCACUAUUGUGUGUUUGGACUAGACAGUUCUAAGAAUAAAAUUUGGUGCAGUUUGUUUGUGGUAUGUGCAAUUUUAAAAAAAUUACUUGCCAGUGAAUGUGAUAUUGGAAAGUAAGUAUCCCAUAAGCCAAUGUUUUGGUAAUUGAAAAGACAUGUUGUAACGGGAGUUGUAGUAGGAAAUUUAUCUAGUGCAAAGUUCAGUUUGACAACAUUUCAUUCUAUAUUAUGAAUAGCAUAGAGUGUGUAGUGCAUAAAAAUAUUUAAAUAUUACUUGUAUUUUAAAUUACCUGUUUCCCAAUAGGCUAAUGUUUUGUAAAGUUAUCCAUUUCAAAUGGGUCCUAUUACAUCCGAUGGAACACAUGUGGUUCUGUAAUUAUUGUAUUGAUGCAAUUCAAGUCUGGGUGUUUUGUAGAAAAAGCCUUUGCUUUGAAAUUUGAAUGUUUCUGGAAUGCUAUUCAGUAUGGUAUUGCCACUUCAUAAAGGCAACUCUGCUCUUGUAGUUUUCAAAUAAUUUAAUGGCUAUGUUGAAUGUCAUUUAUCGUUCCAUUGGGGAAAGUAGCCUCAAAUCAAACUACUAUGUAUAUGAUCUAUCAUUUGAUAAAAUAUCAUUCAUGGCUGUUGUAUCCUAAACAAAAGUGGUAGUUGAAACAUUUUUUUCAAAGGCCUUUUACUAUGAAAGGCACAUCCUUGGUUUUACGCACAAGAGUUGUCUUUGUUGAGUUAACAUUUCACAUAUCUAUCUUUUUUUAAAUGUAUAUGUGUAGAUUCUGUUUAGAAUUUACCUACAUAUUACCUAAACCUGUUAUCAAACUAUAAGUUACUCUACAAUUUUUGGUUUUCUUUAUAAAUUACAUUAUUAUUAAAUUAUAAAUUUUCAUUUUAUUUGUUGUUAAAUGUUAGUGUUUUUUUUAUUUGUUUGAAGACCUCUAGUCACAAGACUAGGAUUCAAUCUGACCUGUCAAGAUUCUCUGUUAUUAUUGUUCUGUCUUUGUUUCUGAUUUUGUAUUUUCUGUUAUUCAUUCAUCUUUAAGAUUUACACACCUUUUUCUCACUGUGUGAGAUCUUUUGCAUUUUUCACUAUGCCGCAGCAUCUUUUUUUUUUAUCUCUCUCUCUCUUUCUCUUUAGGGUGUUUCCUGGUGGAGGUACUUCUUGCUUGCAUGUUCCCUAGCUGCUUUUCAGCAUAUAGCCAAAGAACUAGCGUAAUCAGUUAUCAGUACAAAUCUCUAAAGACACAAUUAUACUAAAUUUUUCAUUACCUUCCUUUGCACUUCUUUCCUGUUUUUUUUUUCUUUCUGUUGUUGUUCUUUUUUUUAAAUGUAGUUUUAAUGGUGGUGGUUUCUUCCUUGAAUGUGAAGUUAUGCAUUGCCAUAAAAAUGUGCCAUCAUUGUUAAAUUUUUGUGCUCUAUCUUGCCACUUACUGCACUUCCAGAAAGUAGGUCUAGUCACUAAUGCAGAGUCUAUCUGCAAAGCACUGUCUGGAGUGAUACCUUGCCUAAAUCUCUCUCCCACCGUGUGAUGUGCUAUGGAAACAGGCUAUUCUUCUCCUGUGCUUUUUUGUUUUCCUGUACUAUGGUCUAUUUGAUAAAAAUAUCAAUGUAUAUAAAAUCAGAAGAUAAUUAACAAUUUUGUUGACUGUUAUUAGAUUUGUAGAUUAUAGUGCCAAAAGCUUACAUUGCAGCUUGUUGCUUUUCCACCCAUGCAUGUGUACCUGUCAUCACAUUUUCUGUUGUAGUAAAUUGCACCUUGUAACUGAAGGAUGUGUGGCAUUCAGUAGCAAAGACUAAUGUGUUGCAUUCCUGUUGUGGAAAAUAAAUUAAUAUUUUGGUAGUGAUUAUUUUGAUCUCACCAAAUUUUAGUCAGUCUGUUCCUAGUGGUAUGUUCUACUCUGCCACUUUUUUGUGUUUGGUAACUGCUGAAAACCGUUUGGAGUAAUGUAUUUAUGGCUAGUCCAAAAUAGUAACCUGCUUAGUUUUGGAAUCAAUUGUGUUUGUAGACGGCUGAUGUCUGAUGUUUUAUUCAUUCACCACUUUGAGAGGUAGAAAACUGCUUUUUCUAUUUGUGCAUGAAGUUGAUUUCUGUUGUUCCCUUCCCUACUCAAGAAUACCACACCAGUGAAAUGUCCCUCUGAUGCUAUGAUGAAGCUAUCAGUUAUUUAGUAGAAGUGCUAAGAUUUAUUGCCUUUGGUGUUUAACCUAUUUAAGAAAUUUAUUAGUGGUUGCUUGGUGUCAUUAAAAUUAUGGACUGUGUGCCAAAUAUCAUAAUAGAGCAACUUCCUUUCAAGGAGAAAGUACUGGUCCAAUUUAUGUAGAACUACAUGUACAACUUUUGAAAAGGAGAUGUUGGUGUAUAGAAGCCAAAUCACUUUAUUCUUACCAAGAUGUUGGCUUCUAUUAUUUUUAGGGUGUGUGAGGGAACUGCUCUGCCUCAGUCAUUACAAUUAAAUCAUUCAACUGAUGGUACUCCUUAUACCUUUUCUGUCGAUUUCCUUGUAAUGCUUUUUUGUGGAAGAAUGUGUUUGUGUUAGUUCACCCGUCACUUUUAAUAUAAUUCAUGUGUGGUUCAUAUACAGAAAUAAUAUAAUAUAUACAUGAAUGCUUUGUUAUAUUAUGGAGGUGAAAUUCUAUGUACUAGUGUGCCGUAAUAAAAUGAAUACUAAGUCAUA